GCCCUUCUCCCAGCGAGGCGGGGCGCGCAGGGCUGCGAGAGGAGGCGGAGAAGCGAGUCCGACGGCCGUGCAGGUGGAGGCAGCAGGAGUCGGCAGAGCGGGCAGUGUCUCCUCCGGUGGAUGGCUUAGGCGCCCUCCUGCCGCUCCGAGAGUGCCCCUGGCUCACGCAGACCCGCCGAGUGGACGGCCUUCCAGGGAAGGGCUGGUUUAAAACCAAACAGCAACCCUCUUCUGAGAAAUCGGAGCUGUUUGCCCUGGGAAGAGCAGGGCCUGAGAACCAGCGAUGGGCAAACACAACAGUAAAUUGGCUCCAGAGAUGCUGGAUGACUUAGUGAGGAGCACUGAAUUUAAUGAGCAAGAGCUGAAGCAGUGGUACAAGGGGUUCCUGAAGGACUGCCCCACAGGGAUUCUCAACUUGGAAGAGUUCCAGCAACUGUACAUCAAGUUUUUCCCCUAUGGCGAUGCAUCCAAGUUUGCCCAGCAUGCUUUUCGCACGUUUGACAAGAAUGGUGACGGGACGAUUGAUUUCCGGGAGUUCAUUUGUGCGCUCUCAGUCACCUCCAGGGGAAGCUUUGAGCAGAAGCUGAACUGGGCCUUUGAGAUGUACGACUUGGAUGGAGAUGGCAAGAUAACACGCUUGGAGAUGCUGGAAAUCAUUGAGGCAAUCUACAAGAUGGUGGGCACGGUCAUCAUGAUGAGGAUGAACCAAGAUGGGCUGACACCGCAGCAGCGUGUCGACAAGAUCUUCACGAAGAUGGACAAAGACAAAGAUGACCAGAUCACCCUGGAAGAGUUCAAAGAAGCCGCCAAGAGUGAUCCCUCCAUUGUCCUUCUGCUGCAGUGUGACAUGCAAAAAUAGAGUGGGGCAGACGCACCACUCGCCCCCUCCCCUGCCCUGCCCUCCCCAACCUUGCAUCUUUACUCUUCCCGAGAGCGGCACUCCCUCAGGCAGGCUGUGCUGUGUUUUGCACGGCCUCCUUGGCCCAAACAAAACCCCAAAAUGCACUUCCCAGGUGCCUGCAGCACGUCACAGUUUAUUUGCACAUCUUGGGAGUUUCUCAAGGGAAUGUUCUUGUAACCUCACCAAUGCCCUAUUAGAUUGGAUUUCUCUGUCAGUCCUCUGGUCCCACCAUGUCGGGGACCUGUCAUCCCUCUUGCCCCCACCCUUUGUUCCUUGGACCUUUUGAUGGCUUGCCUAUCUGGCUGUGACCCUUGGCAUCUGCAAGGUCUCAAGAGUCCUCAAAAGUCUGUUAUCCUUAACCUCAUUCGUAGCUCUUAGGGUUAGGGAAGUCUCUUCCCUCUGGUGACCCUCUUCAAAUGUGUCCCUUUCGUGGCACCGCUCGUGUAGCCUGUUCCCUUCAUUGCCCUGAAAUUCCUCCACACAGACUUCCAGAGCUUAUCCCCCUCAAAUGGGGAAUGGGUCUUCCCCCCCCCUUCCCUACCCCUUUAUUCACUGAUCAUACAGCCAACGGCAACAGCAAAAUUUUCUAGCGAUGAGGUGAAGGUUUUAAAAAGCUAUCUUUUCCCUUCUAGACUCUCUCCUCCUCUGUUUUAAAAGCAGAGAGUCGCACCAGCUGAUAUUGAAGUCAAUAACAUUGCCAUAGGUCAGAAAUGUUUCUUGGUGAUCUUAGGGCAGCAUUCCUCAAUCUGGUGCUGGCUGUGGCUGAUGGGAGUUGUCAUCUGUAACACUUGGAGGGCACCAGGUUGGGUUAUACUGUCCUAAGAUUACCAUGUUAAAACAGCAGGGUGUUUUGUGCAUGCUCUUCCUGAAUCCUUCCAUCUUGCAAGCCUAUGCUACUGGGGGGCGGGGGGGCGAGACACACAUGCUUUUCAAAAGGGCUGAAGAAUCAGUGACUGGAAGGGGAAAUGCUAUAAGAAGGAUCUCGUCUUUCUGUUCCAUCCCCCGUGAGAGAAGAGUCAGUUGUUGUUUUUGGAUACUCGGCUGCUUAACAAAUAUAGUUCUCAUGCAUUUUCCAUCUGGUUGCAGAGGGAGUUCCUUUGAAAUGCAGGACUUGAGCCUUGCUAGAAUCUUGUAUUUCUAGGGCCCAACUUUUAAUGCUGGCAGAGGCAGGGCUGGGGAACCUGCAGCUCUCCAGAUGUUUCUGAACUCCAGCUCCCAUCGUCCCUGGCAAAUGGCUAUGCUGCCUGGGGCUGAUGGGAGGAGCAGUCUGACAACACCCGGAGGGCCACAGGCGCCCCCCUCUUGACCUAACAUGAUGAUACGUUUCUGGAAGAGAUGAAUGUGGCUUUGGUUUUCUCUGUGUGUGCCAGGAACUACUUUUGUUCCUAGGUUGAGCAAAAGCACAUUUGAUUUGGAGUACAAUGGCUCUACAUCAGAAUAGCUGAGUGGGGAUCUGGCACCCACGGUCUCUGGUUUUGUCAACAGCUUUGCCAAUGCUGGGACACUGUUGCAACCUCCCACCACUCUUCCAGAUUGCGUUUGGCCUGCGGCAAAGUGGUUGUGUGAAGCUCUCCGCAUGGGGUGAGUGGAUGGUUGAGUGCACUGUUGUGCGGUUCUUGAAGGUUUACAAUUUUGCAAACUUGCACUGAGAUGGAAACCUGGUCAGCCUAUGUUUCCAGACACAAAAUGUGGACAAAACUCAAUCUGGGCUGAAAAGAAAAACACUUUAGGAAAGUGGUUGUAAGUAUUGGCCCUGAAGAAGGAGAGGCACAAAGGAUAAAGGAAUGUGGGGGCCCUCUAUAAUUCCCAACUAGAGGAACCAAGUGAAAAAAGGUUUGGUUGGGGCAAUACUCUUGGCAGGGCUCUUGGUGCAGGAGAAGAGACCUGGGUGAAAGGGGGCAGGGUUGGCUGUCCUGGGCUCUCCAAAAGACUCUUCACCCUAAUGCAAUGGAAUUGCAUAGAGAAGAGCCCUUAAACCAGUGAUGGGCUGGGCUGGUUGAGACAUCGUACUGAACCAUAGUUAAGCCUUUUGAGAAUGAGCCGUAGUGAGUUUUGGGCUUACGUGCUCCUAUUCCCUCCCUCCCAUUCCUCUGGGGGGUUAUAAAGAGCAAUGCAGGAGCGUCCACUUUAGAUUAACUGCAGCUUGCUGUGUCAUCUGAACAUGGAUAAAAUACAGUGUUGAAAUAAGCUGCCUUAUUUCAACAAACCAUAGUUAAAAUUAACCACACUCUAACCACAGUUUAGUGCAUCAUCCAAAUCUUAAUUUCAAAUAGAAAUUUCCACUCUCCUCGUUGCAGCUGGAGUAGAGGGGACAGUGCUUGAGGCCAAAGCAUACCCAGGCUCAUUCUUGUAACACUAAACUAUGGUUUAGCAGAGCAUUAUGUCUGAAUGCAGGUGCUACCUGGACCCACAGCCAAGCUUCCCAUCUCCCUGCCUGAUACCUCUGCCCUUCAUUGUCGCCAUCCUGAACUGACAAUUGUUCUUGAAGAUGUGUCCUCUCUGCUUGUUGUGGUUUUUGAAUAUUGUAAUAAUUGUUUCGAAACUGUGAUGUUUAUAAAUAUAUACAUACAUAGUCUUUUUUUAAAAAAAAAGAAUGGGGGAAAUAAAAUGUGUCCAGCUCAA